AUGGCGCCCAAGACCGCCGUGGUCCACCUCGUGCUAGUGCCCUUGCUCUCCCUGAUCCUGCCCUUCUCCUCCCUCGCUCUGACCCAGGACUUCUGCGUCGCCGACCUGCCCCUCUCCGACACGCCGUCCGGCUACCCGUGCAAGCCCAAGGCCCUCGUCGACUCCAAUGACUUCUACUCCGAUGCCCUGUCCAAGCCCGGCCCGGUCAUCGUCCCCUUCAAUAUCGGCUUCUCCUCCGCCACCGUUAAACAGUACCCUGGUCUGAAUGGCCUCGGCCUCGCUGCCACGCGUGUCGAUUUCCUGCCUGGUGGGGUCGUGCCCUUGCACACCCACCCGGAAGCCUCAGAGCUCCUCUUCGUCGUCGAGGGAAAACUUUCCGCUGGCUUCAUCAGCGCCGAUACCAAUAUACCCUACGUCAAGACCCUAAACAAGGGCGACCUCUUCGUGUUCCCGCAGGGGUUGCUGCACUUCCAGUACAACAUCGGCAAUUCGACGGCCAUCGCCUUCGCCGCGUACAGCAGCCCCAACCCCGGCCUGCAGAUCACUGACUCUGCGCUCUUCGGCAACGCCCUGCCAGCGGACGUGGUGGCGAAGCUCACCUUCAUAGUUCGCGCGGAGGUCGAGAGGCUCAAGCGCUUCUUCCGCAUUGUUUCAGUACCCUAA